CCGCGCGCCCGGGAGGCAGGAAAGCUGUCAUGGCGAGCUCGGCCGCCUCUUCGGUGCGACCACCGAGGCCCAAGAAGGAGCCCCAGGCGCUCGUCAUCCCCAAGAAUGCGGCGGAGGAGCAGAAGCUCAAACUGGAGCGGCUCAUGAAGAACCCGGACAAAGCAGUUCCAAUUCCAGAAAAAAUGAGUGAAUGGGCACCUCGACCUCCCCCAGAAUUUGUCCGAGAUGUAAUGGGUUCAAGUGCAGGGGCUGGAAGUGGAGAGUUCCAUGUGUACAGGCAUCUGCGCCGGCGAGAGUACCAGCGACAAGACUACAUGGAUGCCAUGGCUGAGAAGCAAAAAUUGGAUGCAGAGUUUCAGAAGAGAUUGGAAAGGAAUAAAAUUGCUGCAGAGGAGCAGACUGCAAAGCGGCGAAAAAAGCGCCAGAAGUUAAAAGAAAAGAAAUUAUUGGCAAAGAAGGUGAAGCUUGAACAGAAGAAACUAGAAGAAGGAUCCAGUCAGUCCCAGGAGCAGCCGUCCAGCAGCUCUGAGGGGGCAUCUGGAUCAGAGGAAGAGGAGGAGGAGCCCAGCUUCAUCAUGGGGCGAUGAUGUUUGCCAUGGGAGCCGUCUGGAGCCAGGCCCAUUCUGUGACUAGGGCCUCAGCCAUCCCUGCACACAGCUCAGAGGGAAAGAGGGCUCGAUUUCAGCACAGCUGUCUUGCCACAGCCUCUGGGACAGUGAGCAGCGGGAGCACACCCGGGCUGCUCAGCCCCACCUGGCUGCAGGAUGCGGAGCCUGAGGGACAGAGAGGACCGUCUCCUGCAUACUCAGUGCUCCUGCCAAGCAGUUUGCUAAUGUUCCUGCCGAAAGAGGGAAAAUAUGAAACCUGCUGGCACUGGUGCCUGUUCUCACAGAUUUGGACAUGAUGCGUUUGGGGCUGGUUUCUGUAAAAGGAUUGUUUAUUUAGUAAAGAGCAGAAACACAAGGUUUUCUUUAGACCGGUGAAAUGCUGAUUACAAAAGCUGUAGGGAAGGCUGUGGAAUGAAUUGAUGGGGACAGGGCCUCAGGGCUUCCUUUUACAUGGGCCUCUUCCCAGACUCAUUGAAGGAAGUGGCCUGGGCUCUGGGACCGUCUGGCACUGCAGGGCACCUGAUCUCCAUGUCCUCAGCAGAGUGUGCAGAUUGUGCCCCAAGAUACAUGUUCUGGCCCAGCAGCACCCACCACACUUGUGUGUAUUGAGUGUAUCGGGCCUGAGCAGAGGGAGACGUGGUUUCACCCUGUGCACUGAGCCAUGGAAGGGAACUGGUAAAAAGAGCUCUUGGGAGAACAUUUGAAGAUUAGAAGGAUGAGCAGGACUGGGCCAGAGCAGAGGGCGUGGAGUCAUGGCCAGACUUAGAGGGAGGGGAUGGGGAUGGGCCUACCAAAGGCUGUUUCAUCCUGAGGUCAAAGGGGAUCUAAAUAGAAAGUGGGUAGUGAUUCAGGGCAGUGGUUUCUAAUUAGAGCCAUUGCCUGCUUUGGAUUUUUUUUUAUCUCCAACUCCCAGGUUUCUAAGUAUGUUUUGUGCCUUUAGUGGAAUUUGAUAGGAUUUAGGAAAUAGUACUUGAGAAUGAAGGAAAACCAAGAAACCUGGACCUUUCUUUCACUUUUUUUUUUUUUAAGAUUGAUUUAUUUAUACAAGAACCAGGGUACAGGCCAGAUGCGUGGGAGGGUGAGAGGAUUUACCGGAGCCAGAGUGGGGAACAGAACAGGCAGACUGACAAAAUACACUGCUGAGGGGAGCAGCGGGUGAGACAGGCGAGGUCUGCUGUGCCAUGUGGGCAUCUCACUGGCCGGCCAUGAUCCAACCCGCGCUGCAGAGGCUGCAGACACCUUCACAGCAUGGUGCUCAACCACCUUCACCACCAGGGAGGCCCUCUUUCACUUUCAUAGUGAUUUCCCUGGCCCCGCCCUGAACCAAGCACCAUCUGUGACGACUUCUGUCCUUUCAGCAGUUCAAAUCACAGGAAUUUUUCUUUCCCAGGAAACUGAAAUGGAAAGUCACCCCUAAUAAAUUAGCACACACCCUGACGGGACAUUUUGAAACCCAUGUUUCUCUUUUGUCAGAGACUGGCUGGUUAGUUUUGUGUUUUGUUUUGUUCUGUUUUUCAGCUGUUGGUUUUCUUAACUCCCUGGAAAGGGUAUGUUACAGCUCUUAACGAACCUGCAGCCUUGAUCUCAUGGAUGUUCUUUCUCAUUGGAAGCUGUUGAGGGUGGCAGAGCUGGGACCCCAAGGACCUGGGUUCAAGUCCUAACCCUCCUCAGAUAAGCCAAGGAGCUCUGGGCAAGUCAUUUCCUGCUCUGCCCCAUUCACCCGACCAGGAGCUGAGUGAGACUGAGGAGCAGAUGCGUAUUGCACGGCUGGCGGGAGACCUAAUGACAAAGAACAGGGUGCCAGGCCAGACAUUUACAGAUUGUAGCUUCACUGGACUUCAGAAGAUGAUGUUUAGGCAGUUUCUGGCAAUUUUUAAGGCCUCAUCAAAAUCUUCAUGUAACUCAAUUUGUCUUAAGGGUUUUGUUUGGGGAUAGGAAACAGCUAGAUGUCAUCAGUGGGAAGGGAGUUGGUGAUACCAGAAGACAUCCCCUCAAAAAAAUCAUGAUUAGGGAACAUCAGUAGAUAAUGCUUUUGUUGAUUGACUCAUGGGUGGGGCGGAAUCUGGAAUUGAACAACCGAGGUGUAUAUAACUCGGUUGUCUCAGGAAACCUCCGUGUAAGAGUUCUGACUUACCAAUUAGGCCUUCAUUCACUUGCUCACUUACUGUGCAAUUCUAGUGCACUUCAUGUGACAUCCCUGUGCCAGGCCUAGUUAUUUGUAUUAGAAUACAUUUUUGCCCUCCAAUUAGAUUACCCAUAUGAAUUUACCAAACAAGAUUUUGAAAUUCAGAGAAGUCUGGGAACUUGUCCAGGUCACUGAGAAAGUAAUGGAGCUGCCACUUAAACUCUGGGACCCCAGAACCUAAUCCUAGCUCCUGUACCAUAGUGCUGUGCAGCUCUGGGAAGAAGCUGUGCGCAGACCCAACCUGGCAGGGAGGGGAGCCCAGGUACUGCUGUUUCGGUGCUGGGACUGUGGCUGAAGGCCCCCCGCCUCGCAUGCUCCUUGGGGCACUGGUGUGUGUAUGCACUUAGCAUAAUAGUACGCCACAAUAUGUGAUCAUUUUCAAUAUAGUUGAGCCUCACUAUCUGCAGUUUCUGUGUGAAUUCAACUAGUCACUAAAAUUUAUUUGUGACUUCCAGGUCAACACUUACAAUGCAUUUACAGUCAUUGGCAAACGUGUGCAAAGUGGUAAAAACUUGAGUUAUCUGAUGGACUCAUUCCCAGCCAAGGGCAAAUGAAGCCUCCUUUCAGAUCAAAGUUGUCUGUUUAAUGGAAGUUUUUUUGCAUUUGUGUGCUUUUUGUUGUGAUUUUGCUGUUUAAAAUGGCCCUCAAAUGUAGUGCUGAAGUAUUAGGUAGUGUUCUCAGCCACAAAAAGCAGGGAUGUGCCUUAGAUAAGCUUCAUUCAGGCGUGAGUUAUAGUGCUGUUGACUGUUCAGUUCAAUAUUAGUGAGAGUGUGUGUGUAUUUUUACAAAAAUGUCUUUAAACAAAAACACACAUAAGACAAGGUUAUAAUUUGAUCUGUUGAUGUUGUGGCCAAAGACUCACAGAAACCUAACCAAGUACUCCCCCCAGCAGCCACGGUCCCAUAGUCAGUC